GGCGGGGUAUGCCGCGGAUUUCGUUGAUGUGUGGCGGCCGAACAUGCUUCGUUGUUGCUCAAAGGUCCGCUAAAGACCAGUGAAAGCGGCAUACGCAGGACUGGCCUGCUCCUUUUCGCAAGAGGUAGCAUCGAAUAUCAAGAAGGGAGACAGGCUUGAAGCACCUUGGUGCAUGGCAUUAUAUGGUUGAGAGAAUGAAGACGAUUGGCGCUGACCUCCUUUGAUCAUCCAGCGUAUUGUUAUCUAUGCCCUUGCCUUAGACACCUGCCACAAUCUCGGGUCAGCCGAUCAGCCCUACCUUUUGGGGAUAGUUCUGGGUCACUCAAUAUCUACUCAGAUCUGCUAAGAACACGUUGAGUGAUAGCCCUACGUGCGUCGGUCAGAAUUGAAGCGCACCUCACGCUGUCCUCGUUUCCCGUGAGAUGCAAAAGGACAGCGAUUCUCGGUGUUCUCUCGUGAGACAUGCCUCCUCUAUCAUGUUGGGGAUUCGAAGUACUCGGAAUAGAAGGCGCGACACUUGUCCUUUCUGACCACUCAUUGUCGUUACAUUCCUUCUUCUUUGGGCCGGUGAUGUGGUCUGCUGUCAAUUGCCGGAGCCAAAUGCCUGAACGGUCAGCAGUGGCUAUAUGGCCCUGUAAACCACUACUAGAUUCCCCCAGAGGUCAGCACUUCGAAACUUCCAUCGAUGCCAAUCUGGAUGUCGAAUGAGAUGUAGUACAGGUGCGGCCGCACAGAGGACCGAAGUGUUGUGACAGCGAGGAGCUGGAUACGUCGGGAUAUGAUCGCCCCCUCUAUAUGCCUGUCGAGAGAAGUGCUCUUUCCGAUGACUCGUCUGCGGAAACUAUGCAAAGAAGGUGAGCCUGAAACGGACCGAGUCUGCAAGCAAAUGAUCAUGGGCCGGAACCGGUCCGUCGGGCAAGCAAACGGGCCCGAAUCUUCAGCUAAUCUCGUUAUUGAAGCAAUGAUCUCGGCAACAAGGACAAACAAAAAGUAGCUGGUCAAUCAAGGGCCAGACAUGAUGAUCUCAAGUCAAGGGUUUGU